AUGGGCGCGUCACAGUCUACAGGUGGACUGGAAGGCACCGGAACACCUGAACAGCUUAGCAUCCUCCUCGCCGAACGCUUCGCCACCAAAUGCUUCACUCCCCUGGAACUCACCCAUUUCAAAGACAACUUCUACUCUCGUGCUCUCGACCAAGCAGGUUUCCGGUAUUGGAACGAGAAGAUACUAUCGGAUUUCCUCUCUGUUCCAGAUGGAAUCUACACCAACGAAAAAGAUGGCGGACACGAUGGACGUCUUGAUGCAGGACCGGUUGUGUUCAGGAUGGUUUCGUAUUUGGGCGCAUUCCCGUUCCAGAAGACUCUCGCACCGAGUGUGUUGACGUUUGAUGCUAUGGUGAAAGUUGUCGUGUUGUUGACGGAGAGGUAUGGCAAGGUUCUGAGGAGGGGACGGAAGGAUCGGAUUAAGUUGUUGUUUGGGAGUUUGGCGGAUGUUGGAAGGCCGGUUUUGCAGGAGGGGCAGAAGAAUGAGGGUUCAUCUUCCAAGCCAGAAGACUCUGGACAGUCUUCGCAUGCUCAGGGAUUCUCUGUUGAUGCGUCGGCAAAUGACGAGUAUGAUGAAUAUGAAGACGAUGAUGAUCUGGCCCUUGCUGCAUUGGAGUCUCUCGACGCUAUUGAAGUCUUCAAGCAUGAUCAGCGGAUUGAUCGCGCAGUCUACGAAGCGCGUAUAUCUGUCGACACAUUUCGCCGUCUGCUUAUGCUGUUGCUUGUGAUCGCACCGCUGAAACCACUUGAAUCAGUCACGAAAUACACAUUCAAUCUGAGCUCGGAGGAGCAAGCCGCCGUCAAACGCGAGGCUGAUACUAUCAUAGCUAGCUUUACGGAGGAAGAGAUUCGUGAUGGCAUUGGGUAUAAGAGCUUUGCAAAGACUCUUAGCCUCAGUUUGCCUCAUCUCUUUGACCCGUUGACACCCCUGUUUGAGCAUCUGCUAUUCAGUAGGAAUUUGGACUUAUCCAGAAAGCAAAAUCUUGCAUCUGAAACUCCUCCCGAAUUUCCUCCGCCAGUAGAAACCCCGAGGGAUGAGGAGGAACACCCGCCAACUAUCAUGCUACCGGGGAGUUUUGAGUCUGCAAUCCUAACUCCAAGCAUGGUAUCGCACCUCUCAUUCUUUUUACCUGCAUCUUCAGGCCAGAAUCUCUACAGAAGCGGUAUACAUUUACACCCCGUCUUUUCAACCGUCGCUCACGGUGAAUCUCUAACAUCAUUCCAACACAACGUCUUCACUUGGCAAGCUCCCUCAAUCCUCAUCGUACAAGGAGCAGCCCCGGGAAGCUCUGAUUCUCCUGACGAACUGAUCACAUUCGGCACAUACAUUCCCCAACCAUGGAAGCCAUCAUCAUCAUCCUACGAAAACACCCAGAGUCUAAACGACCGCUCCAGACUACCCUACCUCUUCCAAAUCCACCCCAAACACUCCGUCCUCCCAGGUAACCCUUCUCUCCUAUCAACAAAAGAGCAGCCAUCAACAACACCAACAGUUCACUUCUCAACCACAACCGGCAUCGCAAUAGGCUGCGAAAUCCCGGCCUCCGCACAACAAAACAGGACACACUACGGUCCCGGCGUCCCUUCUCCACGCGAACACGUCCAGCACCGUCGUCAAAGUAGCGGUAACGGUACUCUCCACAAACCUCAACAAGGCCCCUUUCCCCACGGAGCGGGAAGUCUAAUCAUCGAUCCGGGCCUGGAAACCGCGCAACUACACAUUUCAUACCUUACGGGUGGUACCACGGGAGUCUUCACACCCGCCAUCCCACCCAUCCUCCCCACAACGACACACAUCGAUAUCUACAGCCUCGAGAUAUGGGGCGUAAUCGAGCCUGCGCCAUCGCUUGUGGCGGUAGGAGGAACUGCAGCGACAGGUGACGUCGCCAAAAACGCGAUUUCACAGCAACGCGCGGCAUGGCAGUUCGAUGCCCGCGAGGCAGAGCGCAGAAAGGGCGUGAAUGUGAAAUUGGGUAGUGGCACGGAUAGCGAGUAUCAGAACGCGAGGGCGUUGUUGGAGAUGGCGGGGAUUAUCGGUGAUUCGGCGCAUCAGCGGAGUGGGGGGAGUAUUUGA